CGUGGGGGUAGUGGAUUCAGUAAUAGUUCCCGCGGUGGGAGUAGCAAUGGUGGCUUGAACAGCAGUCGAGGCAGUCCCUGGCGGUCCAAUUCCAAGACAUCCUUCACACCAAGUCCUACUAGAGGCGGCUUCUCACAUUCAAAUACGUCAUACAAUAAUACACGAGACAACAAUCGUGGUGGGCGAAGUAGCUUUGGCGAUAAUCGACGUCAAAGUUUUGGUGACAAUAGGCGAGACACAGGAGGCUUGCAGAGUCCACCAGGAGGGGGCAGUGGGGGAGGAAGAGGUGGAGGUGGGAGAGGAAGAGGUGGUAGUCAUUGGAUGGGAAAGGAUCCAGAUCAAAGGUUUAUGCCACCCCCAUCCAGGGGAG